CCUCCCAUCCCAUCCCAUCCCACCUCCAGCCCCCCAGCCUGCACAGAGCCUCUUCCAGGAACCGCUUCGGCCACUCGGAUGCUCUGCUGGAAUGCCUGGGUAGAGAGACUAUGCGCUCCGUCCGCUGCUGAGAGAGAGAGAUCCGGCAGGGAGGAGGAGGUGGAGGAGAGGAAAAAGGAGGAGGGGUGGCGGUAUAGGACGGAGAAACAGACAUGGCUUCUAAAGAGAUCACGGCCACUGGUUUCAUCAGUGUGAGCAGGGAGAUGACAGAAAGCAUCAAGAAGAUCAUCGAUAAAUCAUCCAUAAAAUUUGUUUGUAGCAUCAAGCUCGACACCAAAAAUGGCAAAACGGAGGACAGAAUUCUGGUCCUUUCAACAUGGAGAAUAUAUUUCCUGGCUCCAAAGAUUCCAGCUAAGGUGGAAACCACAUUUAAUUUCUUGGAGAUCCGAGCUUUGAAUUCUCACCCUGAACACCAGGUUAUCAUCGACACUGACAAAUCCAGCUUCUCCCUGAGGUUCGAGUCACGUGACCACCUCAACCAUGUGGUCAACCACAUUAAUUUCACCCUCUCCCGCAUAUUCAACAACUCGGUUUUUGCCCCAUCUAUCUGUCACUCAGACAGUGACCUUUCAGAGGGCAGCAGGAAGUAUUCACCGAGCUCAGAGACUUCAGUGGAAACACAGAGGGCCUGUGGAGGCUUCUCAGAGACCUACGCCGCUCUCUGUGACUAUAAUGGCAUCAGCUGCAAGGAGGAAGUGCAGUGGGAUGUGGACACCAUCUACCACUCCCAGGAAAACCGAGAGUUUAACCUAUUGGACUUCAGCCACCUAGAGAGCAGGGAUUUGGCAGUGAUUGUUGCAUCAAUGGCCUACAACACCUGGUUCACCAAGCUCUACUGCAAAGAUCUUCGCAUCGGGUCAGAGGUCACUGAGCAGGUCCUGCACACAAUCAGCAAGUCCUCAAGCCUGGAGGAGAUUACCCUGGAAAACGCUGGCUUAAAAUCAGAUUUUCCACAGAAGAUGUCAGCAGCUCUUUCAGAGAACCCAGCCUCGGUCAUUCACUCUCUCAACUUGGCCCACAACUCACUGGACAACCAAGGUGUGUCCAACUUAAUCCAGCAGGUGUGCCGCCUCAACAAAGGACUUCGCCUCCUCAACCUGUCCAAGACAUCCCUCACUUCAAAGGGCGUGGUGUCGCUCUCUCAGGCUUUGUGCUCCAGCGACGAAUACUCCAGCUCCCUCCUGCACCUGGACCUGAGCAAGAACCCCGGCGUCCUCUCUGGGGAGGAUGCUUCGAACUUGUAUCUCUUUCUGUCUCAGCCAAACUGCCUGGUCCACUUGGAUCUGUCAGGCACGGACUGCUCUGUCGAUUCUCUAUUUGGGGCUCUUCUGAGAGGGUGUUGUGCUGAUCUUUCCUUUCUGAAUCUUUCCAAAAAUACCUUCUCUCACAGGAAAGUGAAGGAUACGUUGCCGUUGUUCCGUCAGUUUUUCAGCUCGGCCUUCAGCCUCACUCAUGUCAGCCUGGCCUCUAUGAAGCUACCCCCUGAUGUUCUGAGGGCUCUUUUGAUGGGGUUAACCUCCAAUCCUCAUAUCAAUGAUCUUCAUCUGGACAUCAGCAGCUGUGAGCUCAGGUCUGCAGGAGGUGCUGUAAUCCAGGAGCUCUUCCCCAGAGUCUCCUCCAUUGCCACUCUGGACAUCACCGAUAACGGUCUCGAUGAGGACUUGCUCACAGUGCUGCCGGCCAUCUCCAGGCACCCCUCACUAAAACACCUUCAUCUGGGCAAAAACUUCAACAUCAAAAACAGGGUCCUGGAUGAAGUCUUGCAGAAGCUUGUUCAACUCAUACAGGAAGAGGAAUGUGCCCUGCAGACCCUGUCCCUGUCCGACUCGCGCCUGCGCUCCCGGGGCACGGUGCUGGUCAACGCCCUGGGCAGCAACACCUGCCUGAGAAAGGUAGACCUGAGCGGGAACAACAUGGACGACAUCGGGGCCAAGAUGCUCAGCAAAGCCCUGCAGAUCAACACCACGCUCAGGAGUGUGACAUGGGAUCGCAACAACACCUCUGCAUCAGGGUUUCUCGAUGUGGCCCGGGCCCUUGAACAUAAUUUCACCUUGCAGUACAUGCCUCUGCCCCUAAGUGACAUCAGCCAAGCAUACCGCAGCGCCCCAGAGAAGACAGAACAAGCUCUGACAAAGAUCCAGCGUGCUCUGGUGAGGAACAACCAGACCCAGCGCUUCUCCCAGAGACAGGCUUUACGCCUGCACCAGGGCCUGGUGACCAGCACGGCCGAACAGGUGAUGGAGCGCCUCUGUGUGCGCGUCCAGCAGCAGGUGUGCUUGCUGAGGGGCGUUGGAGAAAUGGAGGAGAUUCAAGCGGCGAAGCAAGUGCUGAAGGAGGCCAGAAACUCCCGGGCUCUGUACCCGUCGCUGUGCGAACUGGCCCACGUGCUGUCGGUGGACGGGCCGGUGCGGCAGAAGCUGGACUCUCUGGCGGGCGAACUGGCCAAAGCUGCCGACAAGGAGUUGCAGGUGAUCGUCGACUCAAUGGUGUCUCUCUGUCGCGAGCUCUGCCCUUUAUCUUCUUCUGCAGCCGAGAGGUUAAGUCCCUCCCUCUCGUCCGUCUCCGAGCGGGUGUCCAUCCCUCGCUCCGCCAUCCGCACGGCCCUCAUGGAACGAGCGGCACAGGACAUUCACAGAGCUUUGGAAGAAGUUAAGCUGUCCGUGGUUUCCUAUCUCACCAACUCCAUCGUGGACCAAAUCCUGCAGGUUCUCUACUCCACCCACAAGACGCUGACCCGGCAGGUGUCGCACCUGAAAUGCUGGGAGGCGACGUGCGAAGACGGCACGGCCUGGAGGUUCAACAGACACAGAGACUCUCUGGACAUCACGGACGAGGAGCUGGGCACCAGCAUAGACACAAUUGCCAUUAAGAAGCGCAGCUCUAGAACAAGAAGAAUACGACCAGUCUCCACCAGGCUGAGCCUAUGUGACGACUCCAGCUCGUCUCCACCACCGUCCGUCCCGUCGUACUCAUCACCGCUCUCCCGCUCGGCUUCCUGGGAAGGCCUGUCGGAUCUGCCCACGCAGGGCCUCCCUCUCCAUCAUGUGACGCGGGUUCGGCCCAGGCCUCCACGGAGGCACAAAGGAGGGCACAUCCCUGCCGAGCCAAACUGCAGUGAAAAUGGAGGAAUAAGCCCUCUGGAUGACGGACUCCCAGACUUUUUCACAAAAAGAGUUCUGCCUGAUAGUCAGCUGUCCUCGCUGCACAAAGUGCACUCUCUGAGGAGGAAGAAGAGGAGAAACAUGCUGGCCAUCUUCGGUUUCCGCAAGAACCGCAGCCAAACUCUGUCCAAUCAGGGCCCCGAGUCUGACGCAGAGGUCUAUGGAGAUGGAUGUCACACUGUUGCUACAGCACCCACAGGGACAGCAAUGGAGAAUGUGUACACAUUUCUCCAGCCACCACGACCGAACGUCAGAGUCGGAUCGCUCGGCGAUGGGGCUGAUGGGAAGAUGAACGAUCACCAGGGGAAAAGUACUCUGGCUCUUAGUCCGCCGGCGGUGCCAGGUAUCCCUCACCCAGGGGUAGGAGGAGGAGGCAAGCACCCCUUUUAUGCUCCCAGAGAGAUCUCUGAGGUGGAUGCUGUGUUUGAACUGCCGGAGGAGGCAGACAAGUACUGGGCGGACGACAAACAGAGGACAACGGAUGUGCUGCAGGCAGACAAGGAGUGGAUAGCUCAGGGACGCACAAGCGACCCACAUGCAGAGAGGCUGCGGCCUGACGACAGGCCACAGGAAAGAACUUUCGGAGAGCCGAGAAUGACCGACAGGCCCUCUGACAGGUACUGGACUGAGAGCAGGCAUCCAGACAGACACCUGGAGAGACAGUGGACCGUGGACAGACACACCCAGCGGCAGAUUGACCGAAAAAUGGAAAGGCAGUGGAUGGGCGGAAGGCAGAUUGAGAGAUCCUGGUCAGAGAACAGGCCGGUGGACAUCCAGUUAGACAGUCAGUGGGCUGAGAGCAGGCAUCCAGGGAGGAAGAUGGACAGACAAGCCCAGGGUCUCCAGGUAGCUCAAAGGCCUCUGCCGCCAUACCCAUCGGAGAGGACGCCCUCGCCCAAGCAGGACGCCGAUCCUUCAAAAAGCACAGAGGCGGCCGCCAUAGAAUGGCAUCUGCAGGACGCACAGGGAGACAGGCACGCGUGCUCCGAUGCCAGCGGAGGUUCCACAGAGGGCUGGAGGAGCAGCAGCGGCCGGGCGGCUCCCUGCGCAUCCAAACCCGACCCCCCGCCUCAAAGCAGUAAACCCAACCUCUCCAAGCUGAGGCCCAGACAUCGACGAGAGAGCUCCGACACCCUGCCAGAGGAGGAAGGAGAUGAAGAGAAAGACCCCGGAAAGAUGGAGUGGAGAGAGAGAGAGAAAAGACGAGAUUCUGAAGGUCAACCUCCCCCGAUCCCUGAAAAGCCAAAGACCACCUCUUAUGUGACCUUUCCAAAAGAAUCACCUAAUGAGAGGAACUUACCUCCUCCUCCUGUGCCACCUCCUGUCAACAGGCCUAUACAUGGGUUGCCAGACCGUGCUGCAAGCCAAGGUGAAGAAGGACUGAGAUCUCAGGCACCAGUAAAACCACAGAGGAACAGAAAGGCCAUGUCCUGUGAUGCAGGCACUGAAAGGGAAAGCCCUAAUAACGUUGAGAAGCCCCCAAAUCGCAAACCUCCCGUGAAAAAACCUAGGCUACCACAAAACAGAAAUAAGUCUCUGGACUUGUCUGACAGUUUCAACUCAGCGCCCGGUCACAGCGAGCUGUUGUGAUGACCUCAUCUGCCACCGUCAGACCAGACCUGUCAUGAUAAUUGUGGAGAACUCCAUUUAAAAAGGAAAACGAAGAGCACAGAGGGAAGAGUCGGGGGGGGGACGCGUCCACAUGGCAGACACCAUGAGACACCGCUCACCUGUUUCCUUCAAACUCUCGCCUACAUCCCCGAAAAGUUUUACUGUCUUCGUCCCUCCCACCCCCCCUCACGUGAAAACUUCUGUCGUGGCUACGGUAUUUUGAAAGUAUUUGCUACUUUAGAAAACUCAUGUGACCAUCGUUGUGUGUGUUGGUGGACUCCAGGCCAAGUGAUUGAGCGUCGUGGCUUUGCUAGGCAGAAGAAAAAGUGUCUUUGUUAGAGUGUGAUUUCUUAAAUCUGCAACGCUUUUGAACGCCGGUACAGUCACAGCCCUGACUGACACUUGAAAAUUAGUUGCUUCUUAUUAAAUGAAACUUGAUGAUUUAUAUCUAGUUUUGCUUUCAGGAACUGAAGGGUAAUAUAUUUUAUAGAGAAAAUAAAUAUUAUGUAUGAGCACCCUCACUGUAUAAAUAAAA